AUGCAGAUGGAGAUGGAGGAGGCAGAGGAACAAGACAUGGCGACUAAACCAAAACCAGUCAAACCCCGUGCUCGCCCUGUCAAGAAAAAAGUAGUGUCUGCCAAACCAGCAGAUAAGAAGCUCCUGGCAGAGGAAGCUGGUACCGUCGAAGACCAAGAAGAAAGCAACCAGGACACCAACAUUGAGGAUGGAACGAAGAAGAAGAACCAGAGGGCCAUCAAAACGUCUCUCAAGGACGCGAUCAACAAUGCUUGA